UAUAUUGUGGUUCUUGGCCAUGUAUUAAUCAUCAUUCUACCUCCAUUCUUCUUCUUCUGUUGUCUAUAUAUAUUGUGGUUAUUCUCUCCUUGUGCAGUGAAUUAGGGUUUUGCAGUGAAGAUAAUCUGAUCAGUAACCAUGGAAGGAGGUGAUAUUCCAAUAUUUUUGGAGCCGGGGCCACUAAUAUUGCCCGGUGGGUCUGGGGAAGCAAAGACCGGUGGUAUUCAUGAAGUUAAGGGGUUUCAGAACAGUGUCGAGAUCGAUGAACUUGCCCGUUUCACCGUCAAUGAAUACAACAAGAAACAAAACAAGGUUGUUGAGUUUGAAAAGGUGGUGAAUGCAAAGGAACAGGUGGUUACUGGUACUAUUUAUUAUCUCACUCUUGAGGUGGUUAAGGAUGGUAAGAAGAAGAUCUAUGAAGCCAAAGUUUGGGUGAAGCCAUGGAUGAACUUCAAGGAGUUGCUGGAGUUCAAGCCCGUUGAUGGUUCUGAUAACCAAGGUUGACUAUUCUCUCAAGAAUUUGGUAGAGAGAUACCUUGUAGAAGACUAAUAUAUAAAGUCAAAGUCUUUAUAGUAUUUCAAAAUUGAUUUGAUUCAAUAUCUUGUAAAAUAAGCCAUGAUGGCAUUUCUGUAAAUAUUGUGUAUUUUCAUAAAUCAUAAUGUCAUUUUU